AGAAUAUAUAUUUAGAAAGGAUAUAGUUGUUUUUUUUGUGUCAAAAAUGGAGUUUGAUUGGUCAAAAUUAGAUGAAGAAUUUACACAUAAAAUGAAAGAUUUUCUUAAUGAACAGUUUCAAAAGAUCUUUCAUUCAUCAUAUUUAAAGAAUGUUAAUGUUGAAUAUUUUGAUUUUGGAACGGUUGCUCCGGUAGUUGAUAUUGAAAAUAUAGAAGAUCCAUAUCCAUAUUUUUAUGAGGAUAUGGAAUCAAAUCAUAAUGAAUUAGGGGAGGGAAUUACAAAGCAUUGUCAGAAUAUGAAGGAGGAGGAGGAUGAGAAGAAUGAGCAAGAUACAGAUGUUUCUGUUGAUGAAUCAGAUGUAGCAUCAACAACAUCACAACCUCCACCAUAUGUUGAAACGGGAUUUCCUCAAUUUCAAAUACAAGAUCUUACGAAUUUAUUGAUGCAUGAUUCACCUAUUACGUCUCAUAAAUCAUCGAAAUCAAAUGUUGGUACAAAUUGUCUUCCUUUUUUUCAAUCAACGUUUUCAGGCUCAUCGGGGAAUAUUGUCUCGGUAUCAGGGCUAUCUACACCACAUUGGGUUGGAACUCAUUUGUUAAAUAGUCAUUAUCAAUCAUCAUAUAAAAACGAAGAAAUUAUUUCGCCAAUUAAUCAAAAUAUCCAAAUAGCAUUUUCUUCAAAUAUCUCACCGGUUACUACUCAAGCUAAAAACAAUAAGGAAUCUCAAAAUACGGAUUUUAAUGAAGAUUUUCAAAUAAGGUUUCGAAUUGCAUAUGAAGGAGAUAUAAGAAUAGAAAUUACAGCUGAAUUGCAUUUGAAUUAUCAUUCAACGAUGUUUAUUACUCUUCCCGUCAAAAUUACACUAACAGGACUAUCAUUUGAAGCGAUUGGAAUUUUAGCCUAUGUUAAUAAACGUUUUCAUUUUUGCCUGAUUGAUGAUGAACAAAAAGAGAAACUAUUAAAAAACAUCAAAAUUGAAUCAGAGAUAGGAGAUAAAAGUAAACAAAUACUUAAAAAUGUUGGAAAAAUCGAAGCAUUUUUGUUAGAGCAAUUUAGAAAAAUCAUAGAAAGAGAAUUAGUUUUCCCAAAUUGGUUGACUAUUGUUAUAUAGAUAGUAUAGAAUCAUAUUUAAAAUUUUAAUGACCAA